AUGGGAGCAAAGACCUGCCUGGAGUCCUUGGAUCCCGGCGGAGCUGUGCCACUGGGAAUCCCUGCUGAUCCCUCCUCCUGCCCCUCUGCCCUGCUCCAGGUGGGGGACCACAAGUUCAGCGCCCACCGGAUCGUGCUGGCGGCGUCCAUCCCGUACUUCCACGCCAUGUUCACCAACGACAUGAUGGAGUGCAAGCAGGAGGAGAUCGUCAUGCAGGGCAUGGACCCCAGUGCGCUGGAGGCUCUCAUCAACUUCGCCUACAACGGGCACCUGGCCAUCGACCAGCAGAACGUGCAGUCCCUGCUCAUGGGGGCCAGCUUCCUGCAGCUCCAGAACAUCAAGGAUGCCUGUUGCACAUUCCUUAGGGAAAGGCUCCAUCCCAAGAACUGCCUGGGGGUGCGGCAGUUCGCCGAGACCAUGAUGUGCGCGGUGCUCUACGACGCCGCCAACAGCUUCAUCCACCAGCACUUCGUGGAGGUCUCCAUGUCCGAGGAGUUCCUGGCCCUGCCCUUCGAGGACGUCCUGGAGCUCGUUUCCAGGGAUGAGCUCAACGUGAAGUCUGAAGAGCAGGUGUUUGAAGCUGCCUUAGCCUGGAUCCGGUACGACCGAGACCAGAGGGACUCCUUCCUGCCCGAGCUCCUCUCCAAGAUCCGCCUCCCGCUGUGCCGGCCGCAGUUCCUCACGGACCGCGUCCAGCAGGACGACCUGGUGCGCUGCUGCCACAAAUGCAGGGAUCUGGUGGACGAAGCCAAGGAUUACCACCUCAUGCCGGAGCGCCGGCCGCACCUCCCGGCGUUCAAGACGCGCCCCCGGUGCUGCACGUCCAUAGCAGGGCUGAUCUACGCCGUGGGAGGGCUGAACUCGGCAGGCGACUCCCUGAACGUGGUGGAGGUGUUUGAUCCCAUUGCCAACCGGUGGGAGAAGUGCCAGCCCAUGACGACGGCGCGGAGCCGCGUCGGGGUCGCCGUGGUCAACGGGCUCCUCUACGCCAUCGGCGGCUACGACGGCCAGCUCAGGCUCAGCACCGUGGAGGUCUACAACCCAGAGACGGAUUCCUGGUCCAAAGUGGAAAGCAUGAACAGCAAGAGGAGGUUCGUGCAGCUCCCCGGGGAGGGACCUUGGGAACAGCGGGGAAAAACGAGGCUGGAGUGCUGGGGGUGGUGGCCACUGACGAGGAGUUGGUGUGUGGGAGAGGAGGGAGUGGAGCAGCGUGGAAGCAGGUGGGAUUUGCUUGGCUGGUUUUGGGAUGCUCAUGCUGAUUUUGGGUGCUGCUCGUUGGUGGAGUACUACAACCCGCACACCUCGUCCUGGCACGCCGUGUCCAACAUGCUCAACAAGCGGUGCCGCCACGGCGCGGCCGCGCUCGGCAGCCGCAUGUUCGUGUGCGGCGGCUACGACGGCUCGGCCUUCCUGAGCGCGGCCGAGGUGUACAGCUCCGGGGCCGACCAGUGGUACCUGCUGGUGCCCAUGAACAGCCGGCGCAGCCGCGUGUCCCUCGUGCCCAACUGCGGCCGCCUCUACGCCGUGGGCGGCUACGACGGACAGUCCAACCUCAGCUCCGUGGAGAUGUACGACCCCGAGAGCAACCGCUGGACGUUCAUGGCGCCCAUGGUGUGCCACGAGGGCGGGGUGGGCGUGGGCUGCGUCCCCCUCCUCACCAUCUGAGCUCCGGAAGGUUCCGGGGGGACUUUGGGAGGGGGGGGGUGUUUGGUCUUCAGCGAGAGGUUCAGAGCGUGCCGGGAUUUCCAGGCGCUCGGCGCGAGCGCGGAAAGACUCGAUGGAACGAUGCCCACGGGGAGGUUUUUGGGGUGAAGGUCCUGGAAGAUCAAAUGUGAGUUUACGUGUGGGGAAGGACCCCUCGGCCUCUCCCGGAGCAGUGGCCAAGCGGAUCCAUCUCGCUGUCCAUUUCCCUUUGGGAAGCACUGCCAUGGGCCGGGGGACAGGGGGACAGGCUUCAUUCUGACAUUAAAACAGCCACUUUAAUGACUUUGGAAAAUCCAUCUGCACCUUCUGGGAGCACCAAACCCACCUGAACCCCCCGAGGGGCGUCGUGGUCACACAGGGGGGUCUCAGAAGAGAACAAACCCAGCGCUGUCGGUUCCAGGUGCUUCUUACACAAGACCCUCCCAGCUCCUCGUGCUUUCCUCAGCUCGAUGUGGAAAACUUCUCCACAGGAGCCACAGGAUGGGGAAACCAGGAAGAGGAACAGGUCGGUUAAACCAGCGGAUCGUUUUGGAGAGGGAUGGAUGUGAACGACUCCAACAGCCUGAGGGUUUCAAAAUGGGAAAUACGUGAUCAAGAUGUCCUUUAAAUUGAAUGCUGAGAUGUUUUCCAAGACCAAGAGGCAGCUUGGAGAGGAACAGCCAGGAUUUUUUUUUUAGGAGAGGCAAGAAAGAAACGUCGUGAAUUUGUCGUGCUCCACUGGGAAAGGUCUUUUCUGCGGUGGGUUUUGUGCCAGGAAACUUUGGAAUGCUGGCAGAGCCAAAGAGCUGCCCGUCAGCAGCUUCCCUGCAUCAGCCCUUCUCCUGCAUGACCGUGAUCCGCCGUCCCUCCGGAGCGCUCCGUGCCCGGCUCUUCCCGUGCCAGCCCUCGGCACAGCCAUACCUCCUCCGGGCAGGAAUGUGACACUAAUCCCAGCAGCCAAGGGAUGGGGGGCUCCCCCCUCGUCCUGCCCCAUCCCAGCGUUCCGGGGGGCUCGGAGCGGGAUGUCCACCCCCACCCCCUGCCCCUGCUCAUUCCUGACUCCCGGCGUCCCUCGGGAUCGCUCUGGGUGUACAUGUCAUGUCUAUAUUGGGGUACUGUGUAUAUUUUGGGGUCUAUAAUGAGCAUAUCUGGCUAUAAAUGUGAUCUAUCAGUACAGAUCCAUUGCUU